AUGGGAAAUAUCACAUGGGUGACAGAAUUCAUACUCACUGGAUUAACAGAGGACUCACAGUUGCAGCUGAUCCUCUUUGGGAUAUUUUCAGCUGUUUAUGCCAUCACCCUGGUGGGAAACCUAAGCAUGAUUAUCUUGAUCAGAAUUAGUCCUUCUCUCCACACACCAAUGUACUUUUUCCUUACCAGCUUAUCUUUUUUGGAUAUUUGUUACUCAUCCUGUGUCACCCCAAAAUUCCUAUCCAAUCUUUUAAAAGAGAAGAAGAUUAUUUCCUAUGGAGGUUGUCUUACUCAGCUUUACUUUUAUGCGCUACUUAGCACCAUAGAGGUCUACCUCCUAGCUGUGAUGGCCUAUGAUCGCUACGUGGCAAUCUGCAGUCCUCUACUCUACUUGAUGAUAAUGUCCCAAAGAAAGUGUGUUCAGCUGAUAACAAUUUCCUGCAUUGCUGGGAUCAUUAAUGCUUUCAUUCACACAAUGGCUGCAACUAGGCUGUCCUUCUGUGGCCCAAACAUCAUUAAGAGUUUUUAUUGUGAGGGUCCUCCCCUUUUAGCUCUUUCCUGCUCAGAUAUCAGUCUUAAUUACUUGCUGAUGUUUGUAUUUGUUGGCUUCAAUUUAAUAACAACAAAUCUGACUAUUCUCACCUCCUACACUUAUAUCUUGGUUACUAUUUUAAAGAUGCACUCUGCCAUGAGCCGUAGGAAAGCCUUCUCCACUUGUACCUCUCAUCUCAUGGUCAUCACCAUUUUCUAUGGAUGUUUUAGCUUUAUGUAUGCACGGCCAAGCUCUAGACCAAAUUAUAAUCUAGACCAGAUAGCCUCAGUGUUCUAUGUAAUGGUGACCCCCAUGCUCAACCCAUUAAUUUACAGCAUGAGGAACCAGGAAGUAAGGGGUGCCUUCAGAAAUAUCCUAAGAGGAAAAUUUCAUGUUCAAAAUAUGUGA